AUGUAUGCGAGCCUGGUCUCUGGCCCUGUCCACUCAAACAUCCCCUGGUACCUGGUGCGUGUCCCAGCUCCUGCUGGCGGGGCUCGGGGCCUGGAGUUGUCUCGGACUUGCACGCCACUCUGUGUAUGUGCGGGUGGUCAGAGGCUCUGCCACCUGGGCAUGCUGAGCAGUGGCAGGUGCGGUGGACAGAGGAUGGGCUUUGGCAUCACUAGGGUCUGGGCUGGCAUCCUGGCUCUGCACUGCCUGACUGUGGCAGCUCCCUGGAGCCCCCUGGUCCUCAGUGUAAACUAUCACCAGUCAUUGGUCUCCUCCUUCUACGGGGGCCUGGGUGGCAGCACCAUGGGCUUCGGAGCAAGAGGCACCUACUGCGCGCCCCGCAUCCCGGGUGUGUCGGUGUCCUCCACCCGCUUCGUCCUCCUCUGUGGGCUACUGGGCAGCUGUGUGCAUGCCCUGGCUGGGUCUGACAGGCUUCUGGAGGGCAACGAGAAGGUGACCAUGCAGAACCUCAGUGACCGCCUGGCCUCCUACCUGGAGAAGGUGCGUGCCCUGGCUGCAGCCAGCGGGGACCUGGAGGCGAAGAUCCAUGACUGGUACCAGAAGCAAGGGCCUGGGCCUGCCUGCAACUACAGCCACUGCUGCCAGACCACUGAGGAGCUGCGGGACAAGAUUCUUGUCACCAUUGGGAGCGCUGAGAUUGUCCUGCAGAUCACCAGUGCCCGCCUGGCUGCAGGAUUCCGAACCAAGUUCGAGAUGGAGCAGGCCCUGCGCAGGAGUGUGGAGGGACAUCGAGGGUCUGCCCAAGGAGCUGACCUGGCCAGGGCCCAUCUGGAGAUGCAGGUUGGACGCCCCGGCCUGAAGGAAGAGGUGGCCUACCUGAAGAAGAACCACAAGAAGGAAAUCAGUGCCCUGAAGGGCCAGGUGGGUGGCCAGGUUGGUGUGGAGGUGGAUUCUGCUCCUGGCAUUGACCUUGCCAAGAUCCUGAGUGAUAGGACAAGCCAAUAUGAGGUCAUGGCUGAGAAGAAGCAGAGGGACGCGAAAUCCUGGUUCACCAGCCAGACUGAGGUGCUAAAGUGGGAGGUCGCUAGCCACAUGGAGCAACUGCAUAUUAGCAAGACGGAGGUCGCUGACCUCUUCCACAGCCUGCAGGGGCUGGAGACGGAGCUGCAGUCCCUGCUCAGCAUGAAAGUUGCCCUGGAAGGCAUGCUGGCGGAAACGGAGGCUUGCUUUGGAGCCCAGCUGGCGCAGGGCCACACACUGAUCAGCAGCACCGAAGCCCAGCUGAGUGAUAUUCGUGCUGACACUGACCAGCAGAACCUGGAGUACCAGCAGCUCCUGGACAUCAACACGCCGCUGGAACAGACUGCCCCCUACUGCAGCCUCCUUGCAGGCCAGGAUGCCGGCUACAACAACCUGCCCACCAGCAAGACAGCCUGA